UUGAAUACAAGGCUUCCUAGAAAAUAUAUUUGUUUAUGUAUACAAAAAAUAAUCAGAAGUGUUUUUUGAGCUGGAUGAGAUAUUAUAUGUAGUGUGGCGAGUAAUUUGUUACCAUAUAAAUAAAAACUAAAUAGUUCCCUUAAACGUGUAAUGUUUUAAUUACGCAGCUACUCUAAACAAUACCGCGUUCUACGUCAUAAAAAUGCGACACGCAUGCAUGCGCUUUGACAGGAUAACAAAAAAGCGCAUACUACUGUCUUUCUGCAAACUCUUUAAUAUGUAUAAUGCAACUUAAUUCAGCAUUAAUUCGUAAUAAGUGGUGUAGUUUGGCGGCGAAAUCUCGACUGUGCUGUUGCAAUUUAUUUCCUAUGUGACUGGUUCGACUGUUUUUUUGUUCCCCGGUGAAAAAGCGUUCCACGCUUGUCGUUCCGCUUUCUGACGUGUAAAUAUAAAUAUAUUUAUAAAUAUUUUUGAUUAUAAUCGAUACUCGAGAUGAGAACAGAUGAUACAGGAAACGAUGGGAUGAACGGGAAUUUCCUGCAUCCAUCAGACAGUGAGAUUCAAAAAUGGAUGUCUAAUGCAUUUAACAUGGCUAAAGAGGCUCUUGAAUGCGGCGAGGUUCCUGUUGGAUGUCUUCUGGUUUACAACAACACGGUUUUAGGCAAAGGCAGGAAUGAGGUUAAUGAAACCAAAAAUGCCACACGACAUGCUGAAAUGGUGGCCCUGGACCAGGUGUUAGACUGGUGUUCUGACAGAGGGAUGGACCCCAAGGUGGUCUGCAAGAGCACUGUCUUAUACGUGACGGUCGAGCCGUGCAUCACUUGUGCAGCUGCACUGCGUCUGCUCCAUGUUCCCCUGGUGGUGUACGGUUGUAAGAACGAGAGAUUCGGAGGCUGCGGUUCGGUGCUGGACGUGGCGUCUGGUGAUCUUCCUCACACUGGAACAUCCUUCAAGUGUGUUCCGGGUCACAGAGCGCAGGAGGCCGUUGACAUGCUGAAGACAUUUUACAAGCAAGAGAAUCCUAAUGUAACAAAGCCUAAAGUGAGGAAAGAAGGCAUCGAUCCAGCAGGGGGCAGUAGAACCACACAGACAGAAGCAGCUCCAUUGGAGGACGACAGAAAAAUGGCCACAUCGGACUGAAAGGAAGAAAUGAAACCCAUGUCUCCUUCACUGACGAAUUAAACCAGGCCGCACCAAUACACUCGGAGGCCAAAUGUUUGUGGACACCUGACCGUAAGAUUCGUUCAUGCCUUUUUGAGCACCGCAUUCCACGUUUAGUCCCAAUUCCCUCAUAUAAGCAGCUCCACUCUUUUGGGAAGAUGUUUCACCAGAUUUCGUGGAGUUUGUAAGAUUUAACACCUUGUUAGGAACACGUGUUACGUAGUUGAGGAAGUGAGGAGGCCUGGGAUGGCGUUCCAAUUAAUCCCAAAGCUGCUCAUUAGGGUUUGAGCUCUAUAGCAGGCCAUUCAGUAUCUUCUUCUCCAAGGCUACGUCAAGCAGAUCUUCAAGGAGCGGGCUUUGUGCACUUUGUGUCAUGCUGGAACAGGUUUAGGUCUCCUAGUUCAAGUGAAUGGAAAGUUUCAUGGGGAAGAACCACAUGUGAUUGGGGAAAGUCGGGUGUCCAAAUACUUUUGGCCAUAUUAUGUGCACGUCUAGUUUAUUUUUUUUAUAAAAACAUCUGGUACAUUGGUAACAUUCCCCAUCUUUAUUAUCAUCUGUUCUGAGACCCAUAAACAGCAUCUCUUGAUAAUUAAAAGGUUUCAGGCGGAAGUUCAGAUGCAGAUGAUGGAGCAGGUUUGGGGUCAACGCUCCUGUCUCUCCAUGGCUGUGUCUCAAAUUACACUCUGAUGAACCAUGCACUUCUAAUGUAGUCAUCUUGAAUAUAGUAGCUAUAGAAUAUUCAAACAGGAAGCAGUUUUGUUUUUUUAAUAAACUAUACAACCUAUAA